AUGGAGGAAAUUCGCCAGGAAGUGAAUGCCCGUGAAGAUGAUGAAUGUGUGAAGAAGUUACCCCCAGGGAAGUCGAGCAAUGAUGGUGCAGCUGUAAAUGGAAAGGGGGGUAAAGGCAACAGCAGGUGCAAUGGCGGGUCGGGUGGUACCGCGGCGGCUGGGACGAGUGGAGGUGCCGGUGCUUACCUAUUCAGUUUGAUAGAUAGAUUUAAUAGUCUGAAGAAGGCUGAGCAGAAGGUGGGAGAAAAUCGAAGUGGUAACUUCAAGAAGCCAGAUGAGUGCAAUUCUACCGACGAGAACGGAGACAUGAAAAAAGGAACGGACCAUGCGAGUCAUGAUGGUGAUGUGAAGGAGGGGGGAGAAGCAGAUCCUGUGGCAAAAAGUGAAAGCAGCAGUGGUAAGAAGGUUGUAAACAAAGAGACCAAGGAAGGGGUGGAAGAAGAAGAGGGUAGUGAAGAAACUGACGAGACGGGCGAAAUUGCCCAAUGUGUGGCGCAAAGCUGCGAUCAAAAGAACCCCCAAGAUGAGAUCGAUGAGGGAGCAAGUGAACCCGUUUCCUGUAACAGCGCGAAGAAAGCGAUUAGCAAGGAUGCUCGGGAGGACAAGGAAGAGCCAAGCAAUACCUCCAACUCCGUUAAGGAAGGAGAUGAUAAUACUAGCAACGAUAAUGGAAGUAGCAGGGCGAGUAGCCCCUCCGAUCGGGACGCCUCGGAGCGUGUUUUCUCUGACCGUGAAAGAGGAAGCUGCAAUGGAGAUUCCCUGAGGAAAAGUUCAUGUGAUGGGGAGCUAACCAAAGUACAGGAACUAAUUAAGCAAAUAAAAAAAAAUGAGGAGCUCUACAAUGCCGAGCUCAACGGAGAUCUGUUCUUUCUGUACGAUGAGCUAUACCACACGCUCCUCGAUCGUUUAGAGUGUACAAACGUGAAAAAUAGAGAAAUGAAAAAGCUCGUAAAAAGGGAGAUAGAGAAGUUUAAGGAGAAUCACAGUAUCUUGUCGGAAUACCUGAAGCGUUGCGAACACGAGGUGAAAGCGACACUGGUGAGUUGGGCCAGCAACGUUGGAGAACAGACAGGUAAACAUGUUGGCAACGAAUCGGGUGAGAAGUUGGGUAAGCAGCCGGGUGAGAAGUCGGAUGAACAGUCUCGCCAGGAAUCGGAGAAGAGUCAACAAGCGCCCCCCAAACAGCUAGAUGAGGGAAAGCUUAAUCAGGUAAAAAAAUCUUUUUACGAAUACGUGGAGCAAAAAUUGAAUAACGAUAAUUACGAUGGCAGCGUGUUGGAAGAGAAUUUGCUACACAACAGAAACAUGAGCUUGCUCUUCCUGCUGUUUUGUCAAAAGCACAUUAUCUAUUUUGUGGAGGAAAUAUUUUCCACCAUGUGCCCAAUUGUCGAGGAGGAUGAGAAUUGCAAGAAUCAAAUGAGCCUCCUCCUGAAGAGACUCAACUGUAUGAAUAGCAUUCUACAUUUCCUAACCACAACAAAUGAGCGUAACGGGGAUGUGGACAGUGCUGUGCAAAUUGCCGGAAAUAACAGUGGCUGCAUGCGCCAAUUAUACAGUGAUAAAGCAUUUAAGAGCGACAUGAUGCUGUGCCUAAACGGAGUGAGCACCCAGAUGAAAAUGGAUUUGAUGGAGAAAAAUGACUACAUGGACGUGAAGCGGGAGGCGGAGGAAUUGGGUGAGAAAGGCGACGUGCAUACCCCCCUGCAUGAACAAUCACACUCGGACGAUCUGCAACGCCAUCAGCAAGAACUGAACAGCAAAACGAAUUUUAGUUCAUUAAGCAAUGGUAGCAACAAAACCAGUAAAAUUAAUAAACCCAGCUUAAACAAGAAAACGUACAACUACUUCCGGAAGGACAUGAACGAAACGCAGGUCAGUCUAUCCACCUGCUUAACUGAUACAUCCGCUGUGGACAAAAAGAUGCGUGAUAAAAAUGUGAAAAAUAAAGUUAUGAGUAACGAAAAUGGUAGCAGCAGUGUAGUGACGCCGAGCGAUAAGGAAGGCGCCUCAUCGAAGAAGGCACCAUAUGAAAACACGGGCAGUGGCAGUGCAAAUGGAAGUGGCAAUGGAAGUCGAAGUGGAAAAAACACGCAAGGAAACGGCGCGACGAAUGACUACUUCAGCGACAUGAUGGUCUACAUUUCGUGGGUUCCUAAAAGUGCCAGAUGCCAGUACCCAUUGGAGUUGCCAAAAAACUCAGCCGAGAGGAACAAGCUAGCAGAAUACAUAGAGGCAAAGGAGCAGAUGCUCUACAUCCUGAAGCUAAUGGGAUACGAAGAGAUAGACAAUAUUUAUUUUCACCCCCCAAAAGGAUCCCAUAUUAAGAUAAAAUUUAAAACGCUAGCUUGCAUGAAUAAAUUCCUAAAGGCUUACAAAAACACCCCUGAUAAGUGGAAGGAGGAUAUGUUUAAUUUUUUCAACAUUCCUUUGAGAAGCAGCAUUUCCGUGAGGGAUCUUCGAAUUGAGAGAGCUGUUCCCAGGUCCUCUGCGGCGGAGUUUAAAAAAAUAAAGAAGAUGACAAAGAAUUACCAAGACUUGUUUUUAUUUAAGGACAACUAUAAUCUCUGUGAGGACGGAAAUAACAGCACUUCCAAGAUGGAAAAAGUCAACCUGCAAUACGAUGCCUUUAACAAGCAUAUCAUUGUACAUAAUAACAGCGGAGGGACCACAGCUGCUACUUCCGCUGUUGCUUCUGCCGCCGCUUCGGUUUCUGGUGGUCCCACUGCAGCAGGCACUGUAGGGAUGGUAGUAACGGGCCAUUCGCAGCAGCACUAUAAUGGAAGCACCCAGUAUAGCCUGAAAAAAAACGCUGAUCAGGGAAAAAGUAUUUCUAAGAUGAAGGGUCUUAUGGGAUCCAUGGGUGGUGAAUUGAGUCCCGGAGUUAUGCAUAGCGUGGGAGGAAGUGCAUCCCCUCUGGACGACCUGCACAAUGGAAAUAUGUCUCUUGGCGUAGAUUCCACAAGUACCGCUUCAUAUGGAGCUUUGGCCAGUUUUAGCGGCUAUGGAGGUGGCGUUUCUACAGGCACAACGAAUAUCAUGGGGGGUGCCGGCACCAGUAGCAGCUAUCUGAACAGCGCGGGAAAUGGCAUGAACAGUGGUGCACAUGCACACCACCCUUUUUCGGGUCACAACAACAGCAGUAACACCACCACCACCACCACUACCACCGCACUGAUGAUGUCCAACGGAAUGCUCAACAAGGUUAGCGGUAGUACCGGGAACGCGCUCCACGGAGUUUAUAUAGGGGGCAAGAAUAGCGGGAGUAAUGUGGGAGAUGAAGGAAGAACCUUCCUAUCAGGCACCCACAUGGGAAGUGGAUUCAUGAGUGGGAUGAGCGGGGUGGGAAGCAGCGUGAAUGGACAUUACGGCAGUUACGUAGGAAGUAAUUUAGGAACCCAUUUAGGAACGCACCUGAACAGCGACACCUUUAACCACUACUCAAGCGCACGAAUGCACAGCGGAGGCCUGAGUAACAAAGGAGGAAGCGGAAAACAGAGCUACCCCGUUAACCAUACCAACACCAUGUGUAUGCCCAGAAGCUCUUCGAAAAAUUUGUACUUUAUGAAGAGUGCCAAAAACGUGAACAACAAAGCGAAUUGCGUGGGAAUGGGUUCUAGCGGUUCUGGGGGAGAUGUUGUAGGAGGGUCAUUUCUGUCCAGCUCCAAAAUUUUCGGCAGCGGCAAUAGUAGUAACAAUAACAGCAUACAUGUUAUGAACAAGGAUUUCCUUACCAAUGGAAGUUACACUUUAAAGAAACAGACCCACUACGCAUCCUUUUCAAAUAACUCCAACGGAAAUAUGAACUCACUGAAUGAUCAUUUGUAUGCCUUUAAUAGUAGCGUGGGAAGUACGACGAACGUGAAUGAAUUAAGUAACGUUAACGGUGCACACGGAAUAAACGGAGGCACCAUUGGUAGUAGCGGCAUAGGGAGCCACCAUUACGGAAACAGCAGCAGCCUAAUUGGUAAUACCAUUCAGAAUAACACAGAGAAUAGCAACAAUAAUAACAGUAAUAAUAAUUCAACGAGGGGGGCGCAGAAUAGGACGACCAAUUUGAAUCACUUCUCUACCAGCAGUGCACAUCUGGACGCUGCGACAUUCACCAAGGAGAAAAAUUAUUUGCGUGGUUUUAAAAGUUCCUACAUGGGCAUGGGAAGUUUUGGCGGAGGAAGUGUAUAUUCGGAGAAUAACCUAAACAAUAGCUGUAGUAAUAGUUGUAGUAAUAGCAUUAUCAACAACAGAGAUGGGUUGAUGGGCUUCUCUCACGGGAGAGUCGGCGGAGAAGAAUCUCUGAAAUCGCACAAUGUAAGUGGUAACGAGAGUGGCAGCGGAAAUUGCCAUAGUAAUAAGUAUGGAUCCGAUUUGGCUAGCCAAAAGUAUGGCACCCAAAACGAUGACAUGAAGGAAGAUUUUAAAAACCUCAUUAACAUAGACUUCAUUAAUGAUAUCGAUAUGGAUUUCGAGGAGAAGAACAACGAUCAUAUGUCUGUGAACAAUGCUAGUGACCACAACAGUGGAAAUGUGUACAAAGGGUUUCACCACCUGAAUAAUAGAAACACGGAUAAUGGAAAGAGAUUCAAUGCACUAGGCAAUUGUAUGAGCGAAGGGCUCCUAAGCGGGAAUGCCACGUGCAUGGAAAAUCAUCCGGGCAGCAGUGGCAUCAAGGCGAGCGCCUUUGAGAAGUUCGAUAAAUUUGAAGGCUACGGCAAGUAUGACAGGUACGACAAAAUUGAUGGGUACAAAAAGUAUGAGAACUACGAAAACUAUGAGAACUAUGAUAAGUAUGAAAACUACGAUAAGCAUGAUAGGUACGAUAAGCAUGAUAGGUACGAUAAGCAUGAUAGGUACGAUAAGUUUGAGAGGUACGAGAAACUCCCCUUUGAGGAUAUGAAUCAUGAACGCAGCUACCGCAUGAGCGGCGAGGGCGAUGAGGAGGAAGAGGAUUACGUCGCUGAAGAUGCAGAGGUAGAUAACUUCAACGACGAAAUGAACGUGGAAGAAAACGGGUUUGCGCACUCCAAUGUCAGUAUAAGUAAUAACAGAAAAGUUGGAAAUGCCUUCGGAGUAGAUGUUGAUGAUGACAGUGGAAUGAUGCUGUCCGAGGAAUUUAACAACUACUUCUGUGAAGAGAACCCCAAAACUCUAUAUAACUAUUAUGGCAGUUCUAACGGAGGUGGUUUAGGAGGAGGAAUGCGAGCUCCUCAUACCACUUCCACAGCAACCACUGGCAACAAGAGUAGUUUGCAUUUGAAUUUAAGCACGAGUGGAAACAGCGCACAUAAUGGCAGCUCAGCCAUUUUGGGGGAAGCCACGUUGAGUAAUAAUUACAGUGGAGUUAUGGAGCCAUCAGAGAAUGGCCUACUCACUUCUGCUGCAAACGGUUUGGCCAACUCAUCUGGCAACUCCACGACCAACUCAGUUGCCAACACGGGCCUUAUCAACACUACCUCUUCCCUUUACCGAAACACAAUGACCCCCAAAUUGUACAUUGAUGGCAUAGCAAUGAACAGCACUUUUGGAAAGUAUGAUGAGGGGCACUUUUGCGAUGUAAACAAGGAAGACAACAAACUGAGAGGAACAGGGGGAGCUGGAAGUGCCGGAGUGGCUGAUUACGAUUUAAAAAUGAGCGAGGAAGAUGCAAAUAAAAGCUUUUUAAGUUACUCCUUUCAAUCCUCACGUGUCGACAAUGAGCAAAGUUUUUCGGACAAUUACGUUAACUUCUUUUGA